AUGUCGCUCAUCACCCUUCACAUCUACCUCCUGGCCCUGGCCCUUUUCCUCGUGAGCGCCACCGCCAUCCCGCGCCCACCGCGCGACCUCCAAUGGUCCUUCGAUCUCUACCCAGGCACUUCCUGCAACGGCACCGCCGACCCGCAAGCGGCCUUCGGGAGCACCAAAUGUCGCGCCAACCUGCGCAGCGUCGCCUCGGCCUAUCAACUCCACCAUGUGGCCGAGGGCUGUCGCAUUGAGUUCUUCGACAACACCAUGUGCGAUCGGGCAGAUCUGGCCGCCGUUGCGAAGUCCUCGCCGGGCGCGCCAAUGUGUCGCCCUGCUGGCCCCGUACAUCGCGUGGGCUCUUAUCAGGUGACUUGUGAUUAG